CGAUGAACUGGUAUGAAACGAGAUCGUGAGCCUAUAAAUACCGUCCCACCACCCCAUAGAAGGAGCACAUCACACAUACAGCAGAGGAGAUCGACUUGAUCCUCUCCAUCCCUUCUGCCUCCCUUCCUGCCCAGGCCGCCCAUCGCACUCCGACUCUGCCUUUGCUUGCCGAGUUCCUCUGCUCUCUAGCACCUCCAACAAGGCGCCAGGCGGGAUGGACAGGCUCAACGCCAAGCUGUACAUGCAGAACUGCUACAUCCUCAAGGAGAACGAACGGCUGCGCAAGAAGGCCCAGCUGCUGAACCAGGAGAACCAGGCCCUGCUCACCGAGCUCAAGCACCGCCUCGCCAAGACCGCGGCCGGCAAGCCCAUCGGCAACGCCGCUGCUGGCGCUCGUGCGCCCCUCCCUGACCUCAACGCGGCUCCACCGGCACACGCCGUCCACGACAAGGCGACGCCCAAGUCCAAGAAGACUGUCGCAAACUGAAGCAGCUUGCUUGCUCGGGUGCUGGAGAACAUAUCCAGUGCUUGCUUUCACCCAUUAGAUAGUACGUACUGGUACUGGAUAUGUUCUCCUUGGUACUCUACUACCAUGCCAUGCCAUCAUGUAGGAUUUGCAUUUGUAACCGCUAGAGGGUCUAGCUCUGAAUGUUGGGAAUGUUUGCUUCGUUUUAGCUAUGGAACUGCAUGCCUAGUACUGUCAUGUAGCAGAGUCCUCCUCCUUCUGAAUGGAUAGAUAGAUCAGAUCAACUAGGAGUAUAUAAAGAUGGUUGGGUCAAUGUGCGCGCUACAUGGCUGUGGCAUUGGACCAGCUUCUUCCUUUCCAGUCCUGGGUAAUGUCAUUUACAGCUCGUUUCAUGGCAA